AUAAAGCAGCUGCAGAGGCAGCAGAGCAGCUCGCCCUCACGUCUCUGAGCGGUGGUCGAUGACCGGCAGUGCUCGCCUUCACUCUGAAACAGUGACGUUCAUUCACAUUUCUUCUCUCUGCACAUCGAGACCAUCAGACUCUCCAACUCGACCAGCUGGAAGCCAGGCUGAGUUAUGGGCUCUGCAGACAGCAACACGAUAGAGGUGGCGGCACUCGGCCGACCUUUCAGCCUCGGGAUGCUGUACGACUGCCGCAGGGAUCUACUCAUUCCUGGUAUGACUUUGUGGGGUCAUGAUGAUCUGGUACAGUAUAUAAGAGAAAGGCGACAGCACUACAGCGCUUUCGAGAUUGUUGCAUCUGAAUCUAUUGAGGACAAAACCUCAGCACUAGAUGUAAGUGCAUCCCUCAAGGCAAGUUUCCUCUCUGGCAACGUCGAAGUUGGAGGAGCGGCCAAAUAUCUAAGUCAUGAUAAGAAAUCGAAAACAGAGGCCACAGUGACACUGAAGUAUGAAGCAACCACAAAGUUCGAGCAGCUAUCGAUGGAUCACCUGGGGACAAAUAAUUUGAGGUAUCUGGAUGAUUUUGAGCAAGGGAAAGCGACACACGUAGUCACAGGUAUCCUUUAUGGAGCAAAAGCUUUCUUUGUCUUUAACAGCGAUGUGUCUAACGAUGAAAACUGUCAAGAAGUUGAGGGCAAGUUGAAAGUGAUGAUCAAUAAAAUUCCCAGCAUUAGUAUAGAUGGUGAGGGUUCCCUGCAAAUGAAGACUGAAGAGAAAAAAUCAGUUGAGAAAUUCUCCUGUAAGUUCCACGGAGACUUCUUACUUGAUAAAACUCCCUCAUCCUUUCAGGAUGCAGUACAAGUCUACCAAAGUCUGUCAAAAUUGCUGGGAGCCAACGGAGAAAACGCCGUACCAGUGAAGGUUUGGCUGCUGCCACUGAUUCAGCUGCAAACUUCUGCAACAACAGUUGUGCGUGAAGUAGGUCCUAUGUUCAUAGAUGAAAUGCAGGCUGUCCUGGAGGACCUGAAGGAGGUGGAAAUGAGGUGCAAUGAUGCACUGAAAACUGCUGCACAGCAGUUCUCAGAAAUUGGCAGAAAGAUUAAAACCUUUAAAGACAUGUGCUCUGGGUUCAAGCUGGAAUUUCAACGAAACUUGGCAAAGAAACUUCCAGCGAUCCGAGGAGGAGAAGAAGAAGAGAAAGAUGUGCUUCAUGAGAUCUGGAAGAAGAGACAUUCUUCCCCUUUCAAAAGCAAAGACCUGAAUGAGUGGAUGGACUUUAAAGAACGAGAAAUUUACACCUUGAAGUCUUUCACGAGCAUGAUGAAAAACACCAAGAUCAUCCCAUCUCAGUCAGAUGUGUACAAGGAAAUUCUCAGUGCAGAUCAUGCUGUGUGUUUUUUUUUCACAUCACUGGGAAGUGAUGAACCGUACCUGUCAGCUUUAUCAGAGUACUUAGGACAAAAACCCAAACCAGACGAAGCUCGAGGGUCUCCUGCUCACAAUGUAGAGAAGGAACAGUGGUACGCCUCAAGAGAAGUAACAGAUAAAAUGAGAAAAAAAGCAAAACUCUUCAGUGACUUUGCAGAGGCCAACAAGGAGAACAAGAACAUUAAGUUCUUGGCAGUUGGUUCAACAGACGAGUCACAGAAAGGUUCAAGCAUCUACCUUUAUAAAGACGGCUUCUCUGUUAAUGAGAACUUUGAACCUCCUUCAAAACCUGAAACAUUAACAGUCAGAGACAUAAACCACAACAGUGUGACGCUGAAGAUUUGUCCAGCAGAGUUUGGAGCAGAGAACAUCACCUCCUACUCUGUUGAGUACUGUGUCAGUGGACAGGAUGGAUGGAAAGAAAAGACGGCAGCAGGAGCUGAAGAAGUCACAGUGAGCGAUCUGAGUCCAAACACAGAGUACAAGUUCAGAUGCAGAGCAGUGACCUCAGUAGGUGUUGGACCAGCCAAUGAAGUCACUGGUUCCAUUAAAACUUCACCUUGCAGCCCUCCUGGAGAACCUCAAGAUGAACCAGACGCGAGUGAAAGACCAGAACCUGAUACGCCUGAAGAAGAAAUGUUAACGAUGACUGACAGUGGUUCCAUUAAAACUUCACCAUGCAGCCCUCCUGGAGAACCACAAGAUGAACCAAACUCAAGUGAGAGUCCAGAACCUGAUGAUGGGUUCAGCGUUCAAGACAAUGCGUCAGAUACGGAAGAGUUCAGAGAGGAAGAGUUGAUGUCAUGGAGAUCAUUACAACUGUGAGGCUGAGUUAAUUGAUAUGGACCGUGGUUGUUACAUUUUUUGGUAAACACCUUUCGUGCCUCAGUUUGCAUCCAUCCUCACUAGAUUUGGCACAUGGCAUACUUAGAUGAGCCAAAACAAAACUUGCAUAUUCACUUUUUGUCUGUAAUUGACUUUCAAAUUUUGAGGAUGUGGCCUGAUGCACUUUCUGAAUCUGGCUGAAACAAAGUUUGGGAAGCUUGUGCAGCAAGUUCAGCUGCAUUAUGUGGAAAAUUUAAUAUAAUUCUACAACCAGGGGGGAAUACAGUACUAAUAUAAUAUAUUUCUUCAAUUCUGUUGCUUUUUAAGGAGCACUUUGUAGUUUUGUGCACAAAUGUUAAUGAGAAGAGAUCUUUAUCGACUGAUUUUAUUCUGCCUAAAAAAAACUAAAUAAACAAACUCUCUUUGUUCGCAAGACUGAACAAACUAAAUAAACAAACAUAAAGCAUAGACAGAAAACACAAUUUCAUACUAUAUGUGGCGGACCCUGCCACCUAUCUAGUUUCAAACAGCCUCCUGGGACCUUAUUCUCCUCUGAAAACAGCUUGUUUGAUGGAGAAUAUACAUAUUUCUGAGUUUGUAUUAUUACCGUAGUUAUAUUAUACAUUGAACAACCUGAGAUUGCAUUGUUUCUCCAUGACUACCUUGUGCCCCUUUUAGAAGAUGUAACUUGGUGCACAAGUUUUCCAUGAAUAAAUGUGCAUGAUCUUAAAACAUCUUACAAAUGGCACCACCUUGUGGCCAUUGAUAAAAAAAAACACCAUCUCUGUAAAACAUGAUUUAAUUAACACCAACUCUGGGUGGUACCAUCAGACAAACCUACAGGUGAAUGUGAUGUAAUUCACCUCUCAGUGGCAAUAGAUCACAAAUCCAAUUUAAUCCUAUCAAAUCUCUCUUAAUGCAGAAUUUUACAAAAUGUUGAUAUUUGACUUGAUCACUGCAAGCGACGCCAGCAAAUGUAACAAUCACACACAUUUUCUUCUAACAUGCAAAGAUUCAAAGGAUGAAGGUUUUUAUUUUUUUACUUAUUUGUGGAAAACAAUUUUUUAGUUUUUGGGUCACAGUCAGACGACACCUGGUGGUGUACUCACCAUAUGGGGACCCACUGACAUUGUGGGGACAUGAUAGAUUUUACUGUCUACUUUUCAUUUGAGAUGUUGUUUUAUGGUUUAGAUUAGAGAUUUAAAUACAAAUCUUUAUGUUGGAAGAAAAAAAACUGAACUUAUUUAAGCAGUUGACCACUUUACUGAUUAUGUUUGAUUGGAACUUUUAAUAAAAGAUUAUUUAGUUUUUUUUUAAAUUUGCUCUCAUGCAAUCAUUUACUCUGAGUGCAUGUUUAAUUAUAUCAGCAGUGUCAUAACUUUCUGACUGUUAAAAUGUAUCGAACAAAUGUAAUUAUUUCAGAUACAGAUGCAUUUCAUAUAUUUGAGUACUUGUUCAACACUGAUGAACUAAUGAUAAGUUUAUUAUUCAUUUAAAGUGUAAAGACAUAAAGAGAAUAUAUAACUCUCGUUUGACCAGUCGCAUCAAAAGUUUGUUUUGUGAUUUUUUCUUAACUAUAUAAAUGUGAUGAAACUAAAUUUUCUUGACUGACUGUCAUUUUAAAUCCUUUGUUUGAUAAAUUACAACACUUUUACAAAAGUGUUACCUCUCACAUUUCCCAUCAUGCUCCAGGUAUCUGACGUCAGUUUCUUCACUUGAACUUUUGGUAACAUGAUACUUGCAGGAAAUGUUUUUUUGUUUAUGCUUCUUUAUGUAUAUUCUAAAAAUGUAUGUUUCACUUUCAUCAAGUUACUGCCAAAUGUUUAAAAAUUGCGUUAAUUUACAA